AUGUUUGGUUCCGGUUCCGGUACUGGCCAUGAUAAUAGUGGAGUAAUUCCUGUGCGCUUUGUGUGGCCUUAUGGAGGGGGAGAAGUGUCUAUCUUUGGUACCUUUACUAGGGUGUUCCGGUGGACUGAUCUUAUACCCAUGUCCCCGGUGGAGGGGUGCCCUAAUGUAUUUCAAGUUGUUGUUAGCUUAGUGCCCGGAUUGCAUCAGUUCAAGUUCUAUGUAGAUGGACAAUGGCGGGUUGAUGAUCAGCUAUCCUGUGUCAGUGGGCCUUACGGGGCGGUAAAUACUGUUGUCUUAACCAAGGAUCCUCCACAAAUUCUUAAUUCUGAGACACCUGGGAGAUCCAACAUGGAGUUGGAUGAUGUUUCCGUUUGCCCGGAAGUUAUCCAAAGGAUGUCAGCAGCUGACUUGGAGGUCUCUCGUCAUCGUAUUUCUGUAUUCUUGUCCACACAUACUGCAUAUGAGUUGCUUCCAGAGUCAGGCAAGGUUAUUGCAUUGGAUGUCACUUUACCUGUGAAGCAAGCCUUUCAUGUUCUCUAUGAACAGGGCAUCCCUGUGGCUCCUCUUUGGGACUUUUGCAAGGGCCAGUUUGUUGGUGUGCUUACUGCAUUCGACUUCAUCUUGAUUCUGAGGGAGCUUGGAACUCAUGGAUCUAAUCUGACGGAGGAAGAAUUAGAGACACAUACUAUAUCUGCUUGGAAGGAAGGAAAAAUGCAACUCAACAGACAAAUUGAUGGCAGUGGGAGAGCAUAUUCUAAACGUCUGAUCAAUAUAGCGGAAUACUGCUGGAAGUCAACUGUGUUGAAGUUUGUGAAUCAGAUGGCAGGGCCAUAUGACUCGCUGAAAGAUGUUGCUUUGAAAAUUUUGCAAAACAGCAUAUCAACAGUUCCCAUUAUUCAUUCUUCUGCUCCAGAUGGUUCAUUUCCUCAGCUACUACAUCUUGCUUCCUUGUCUGGAAUACUAAAAUGUAUAUGCAGGUAUUUCAGACAUUGUGCUGGCUCCUUACCCAUUCUUCAACAGCCAAUUUGUUCAAUUCCUUUGGGUACAUGGGUUCCAAAAAUUGGGGAACCAAAUAGACGGCCAUUUGCAAUGUUGAGACCAAAUGCUUCUCUCGGUGCUGCCCUGUCUUUGUUGGUUCAAGCCAAUGUCAGUUCAAUACCAAUCGUAAAUGACAAUGAUUCACUGCUGGAUGUAUAUUCUCGAAGUGAUAUCACUGCUUUGGCAAAAGACAAAGCUUAUGCACAAAUUCAUCUCGAUGAAAUAAGCAUUCAUCAGGCACUGCUAUUGGGUCAGGAUGCAAAUUCAUCAUAUGGAUUCUACAACGGACAGAGAUGUCAAAUGUGUUUACGGACUGAUUCCCUACACAAAGUGAUGGAACGAUUGGCAAAUCCUGGCACUUCAGACCGUGCUUUUGGACUUGUUAUAAGUUUACUAAUUGCCUCGUUGCAUGAUAUCUUUUCAGGGGUUAGGAGACUUUUAAUUGUGGAAGCCGGUAGCAAGCGUGUGGAAGGGGUUAUCUCAAUAAGUGAUGUCUUCAAGUUCCUGCUGGGGGUAGCUUAG